GUAUUUAAAUCAAACACAUGACCUCACACAGGUUGACGACCAGGAACAACAAACACCUGAAGCCCGCCAUGUUGGAUUGUAAAGAUUUGUAGUUUACGUAUGGGGUAAUAACGUUAGGUUUAGUUCCCCCUAAAUUUACUAAGGGUUCCCUGACCAUGGACUCCAGGAACAGCGCCCAGGAUGUUGUACGCUGCACCCUGUGUCAGGACUCUAUGACCCUUAGUAUGCCACCCCAAGGAGCCGAGUCCUCUCCCCUAGACCGGUCACUGUUGGAUGUACCCCAGGUCAUCACAGCUAUAGACACAGGGCAUACAUAUCUAUACCGUGUGUCGUGUCUUAAUGAUACAGAAGUAUGGACGCGUGGUAGUGACAGCAAGAUGAAACUCUUCAACCUGCAGGGAGAACUAGUGGAGUCCAUCCUUCCCAAGUCAGCCCGGAACAGUCCACGGGACAUAGCAGUGACAAGGAGUGGGGAUCUAGUUUAUACUGAUUACAUGGAUAGAACUGUGGAAAUAGUGAAGAAUACACAGAUACAGACAGUGAUCAGACUACAGGGGUGGAAACCUUGCAAUGUCUGUAGUACCUCCUCUGGUGACCUCCUGGUUGUCAUGGAAAGUGAGGAUAAUAAACAAACAAAAGUUGUGCGUUACUCUGGCUCUACAGAGAAACAAAGUAUUCAGUACGAUGACAAAGGACAACCUCUCUAUUCAUCGGUUGACAUUAAAUACAUCACUGAGAACAGGAACCUAGAUAUCUGUGUGUCAAACUGUGGAACCCAUGCAGUAGUGGUGGUCAAUCAGGCCGGGAAACUCCGGUUUACCUACACUGGUCCUCCCUCUACUACCAAGGGAUCAUUUGAUCCACGCGGCAUCACAACAGACAGCCAGGGUCGGAUCCUGACAGCAGACAAUAACAAUAGCUGUAUUCACAUCCUGGAUCAGGACGGACAGUUCCUCCGCUACAUUGACAACUGUCAUUUACAGGCUCCAUGGGGUUUAUGCGUGGACACCAGAGACAACCUCUUUGUGGCUGAGUGGGACACAGGUAUAGUGAAGAAAAUACAAUAUUACAUGUAAAUCAAUUAACUGCAUGACUUAGAUGUAAACAAAGCGUAUGAAGUAUAUAUUUUAUAUUGAAAGUAAGUAUACCAUGUAAUGAAACUAUUAACGUUGUAUGUCAUCACAUGGUGUAUAUCAGAUGUAAACAUGUUGUGUGUUGAUAAUGUUUCACACAUUAACUAACUUACCAUGUCUAUAAGAUAUUUACAGACUGCUUAACUGUCAUAAUAGUAAGUGUUUAUGUGUUUAAUCAUUGCAAGGCAUCAGUCUUCAUUUGUUUCAAUACAAUAAUUUUUAUUUUUGUGUGUUAACAAAGUUCUCUCUGAUAAUAUAUAAGUAAACAAACAUAGACCAUGUUUAUAUAUUAUAUGUAAACAAAGUGGCUGUGUAUAUGUGUCACAUGCAUAUCAAAAGACUAUAUAUUUACAUCUAUAUUAUAAAGAAACUCCUUUUUUUCUAUUUACAUGUAUAAAUGUACAUUAAGUGACUGUGAUUUUAAUAUGUGUAUACGUUUGUGUAUGUGUAUAUGUCUGAUUUUUAACAAUUACCACUUGUUACAUGUGGUUAUCACUCUAUGUUACAUGUAAUAAUAUGACAGUAUAUCUAUAACAUGUAUUUAAAAUGGUCUUUAUAUGUUUAACUUACAUGUGGUUAUCUGAACACAAUUUAUGUUGCAUGUUUUAAUGACAAAGGUUAAUGGACGUGUAGCACUCAAUUCUUUACCAAAAAAUGGAGCGAGGCCACAAAGGGACUGAGGCCCAUUACUUAUAAAGAGGAGUGGUACAGGUAUAUUGACCCAAGUAGAAUCAUAUGACACUGAACUUAUAGUUAUUACUUACCUUUUAAAUCUAAAGAAUUGGAGUAGAUGUUUGAUUAUUCGUCAACCCGUUCCUCUGUUCUAUGUUUAUAAUAUAUUCUGUCCUGUGGUGUUUUUAUUUCUAUCUUGGAUCGAGUUUUUGCAGAACUAACCAAAGGAUUCUGAAAUAUGUAAUUAGACAAUCAGCAUAUUUACAGACAUGUGUAUGUAUAUAUUAUUGAUACUGCAUCUGAAUGUGUUAUAAGUUAUUUUUAUCUUUAAAUAAAUCUUUGAACUAAA